GAGUCUUCUCGUCCAUUUCUCUCAUCAUUCAGAUCGUGGUCUCGUCGGUCGUGUAAUUUUAAAUUUUUCUUCAUCUUAUCGGAAAAAAAUUAAUAAUUAAACAAAAAUGAGGAACCUUUUGAGUGGAAUGUCAAGGGUGGUCUUGGACCGUAACCUCGUCGCUGGCGUUGGUUCUUGUAGGAAUAAUCACGUUUGGGCCCUCAAUAGCCAGCUACGACAUGGACUCCGACGUUUUGAUGCGCCCUUUGUUAGAAACAAAUCUGAGCAGGUCAGAGGGCCUGUAAUUGGGAUUGAUUUGGGAACAACCAAUUCCUGUGUGGCAGUGAUGGAGGGGAAGACAGCCAAGGUUAUUGAAAAUGCGGAGGGAGCUAGGACCACACCCUCUGUGGUUGCUUUCACUAAAGAUGGGGAACGACUCGUUGGAAUGCCUGCAAAACGGCAAGCAGUAACAAAUGCUCCCAACACAUUUUACGCGACUAAACGUUUAAUUGGACGAAGAUUUGACGAUGCUGAAGUUAAAAAGGACAUGAAAACAGCGUCAUAUAAAAUUGUCAAAGCCUCCAAUGGUGAUGCUUGGGUGCAAGCUGGGGAUGGAAAAUUGUACUCUCCGAGUCAAAUUGGAGCCUUCACAUUGGUUAAAAUGAAGGAAACGGCAGAAGCUUAUCUUGGAACCCCGAUUAAGAAUGCUGUGGUGACUGUUCCAGCUUAUUUCAAUGACUCGCAGCGACAGGCGACAAAGGAUGCUGGACAGAUAUCUGGUUUAAAUGUGUUGCGAGUGAUUAACGAGCCUACAGCUGCAGCUUUGGCUUACGGCAUGGACAAAACCGAUGACAAAAUAAUUGCUGUGUACGACUUGGGUGGUGGAACUUUUGAUGUUUCGAUUCUGGAGAUUCAGAAGGGAGUGUUUGAAGUCAAAUCUACCAACGGAGACACAUUCCUCGGCGGCGAAGAUUUUGAUAAUCUUCUGGUGACGUAUUUGGCUCAAGAAUUCCAAAAAGAGCAAGGAGUUGACCUAAAGAAGGACCCAAUGGCGAUGCAGCGCUUGAAAGAAGCUGCAGAAAAGGCAAAAAUUGAAUUAUCAUCUUCUUUGCAAACUGACAUCAACUUGCCAUACGUUACGAUGGACGCAUCUGGCCCAAAGCACAUGAACACAAAGCUUACUAGGGCAAAGUUUGAAUCGCUAGUUGCAGACUUAAUCAAGCGAACGGUAGGACCUUGUCAAAAGGCACUUCAAGAUGCUGAAGUAAAGAAAACAGACAUUGGUGAAGUCAUUCUUGUCGGAGGAAUGAGCCGUAUGCCCAAAGUCCAACAAACUGUUCAAGACCUUUUUGGCAGGGCUCCGUCCAAAGCUGUCAACCCUGACGAAGCAGUCGCUAUUGGAGCAGCUAUCCAAGGCGGAGUACUGGCUGGAAAUGUAACCGACGUUCUUCUCCUUGAUGUUACUCCAUUGUCAUUGGGAAUUGAGACCCUCGGUGGCGUGUUUACUAAAUUAAUCAACAGAAAUACAACAAUCCCCACCAAAAAGAGUCAGGUAUUUUCUACAGCUGCUGACGGACAAACACAAGUUGAAAUUAAAGUGCACCAAGGUGAACGAGAAAUGGCUUUGGAUAACAAGCUUUUGGGACAGUUUUCUCUCAUUGGAAUACCACCGGCUCCACGUGGGGUUCCCCAAGUAGAGGUUACUUUUGACAUUGAUGCCAACGGAAUUGUGCAUGUCAGUGCUCGCGAUAAGGGAACCGGAAAAGAACAGCAAAUUGUUAUCCAGUCGUCUGGUGGUCUUAGCAAAGAUGAAAUUGAAAAUAUGGUUAGGAAUGCUGAAAAAUUCGCCGACGAAGACAAAGUUAAGAAAGAACGAGUUGAAGCAGCCAAUCAAGCUGAAGGGAUUGUUCAUGAUGUAGAAACCAAGAUUGUUGAAUACGAAAGUCAAUUACCAGCUGAAGAAGCCACAAAAAUUAAAGAUCUUAUUACAAAAACGCGUGAAGCCUUAGCCAAGAAGGACGAACUUUCUGCUGAAGAGAUUCGAACAGCCACAAACAACUUGCAACAAGCUUCUCUUAAAGUUUUUGAAAUGGCGUACAAGAAGAUGGCUGCGGAUCGUGAAGGUAGCAGCAGUGGUGGUGGUAGCAAUGAAUCUACAAAUCAAGACUCAUCUUCAUCUUCGGAAAGUGCAGAAGAUAAAGAAAAACGCGAAAACAAGAACGGAUAAGCUUUACAAUAAUUAUUAAUUCUACAUUUGUACGAAUGAACGAGACAACACAGUUUUAAAUUUUCCAUGAUAAUAUUUAAUGAAUAUUGUUCAUUACAUAUUUCUUAUAUACAUUUAAGGUUAGAAUUUAUAAUAAAAAGCUGCAAGUCAUGUCCUUUGGUCAAUUAGAUAAUAUUAUAUUGAAAACAAAGUCUAGUAGCAGUUGGAUAUUGUUAGCAAGUGUGAUGACUAUUUUUGUUUGUUUCUUAUGUUAUUGUAACUGUUUUCGUCGGGGUGGUUGAAUCAUCAGAAGAAAUAUAACCGUAUUUUUACUGAUCGUGUUUAAAUAAAUUCAGAGAGGAAGUAGAACUAA